GUUCAGUGAGCCGCUAAACUUCCAUCGAGGAGCACGCUCGUUCGUCCGUCCGGUUUUAAGCCCGCCCUGCGCCUAUUCUAAAGAAGAGGUGUCUCCGUGCGUUCGGUCUUUUUUUGUAGUAAUUUUUUUUUAUUUGUGAUUUGAUGUGUACUAACAAAUAAGUUGAAGUGUGAGUGCAAUCGUUUCGUUUAUCAAUCCGGUCAACUGCACUACUAUACUAGUUUCCUUUCAGCUACAUAGGUACUACGUGUGAGUUAGACGCAAGAAUUCGCUUCCCGAGAUCAUUUACGGAAGUCGUAUUGUAUGAAAUUGUAAAAUCCUGCCAUCUGUUGCCGCAGCAGCAGCAGAAGUGCAAGUGAUUCAGAGAAAAUCGCCAAAAGAGAAAAAAAGCAGUAGUUAGCAGUGAAUGUGAAAAGUGCAAAUGCGACGAAAAUAACCAAUUGCAAAAGUUGUGUGUGAGUUAAUUGAGAUUGAACUGUGAAGAUUUCGUCUAGAGGAAAAUCCUCUAAAAUUCUCGGAUGGUGUAAUUUGUUUUUUUUUUUUUUGAGUCGCGUCAAUGGCUUCCUAAUAAUGAAAUAAGUUAAGUGAUCAUUAUUCUGAUUCGAAGAUCCAUACACAAUAAGGAAUAAUCGAAAUGACGAACCAGAGAGGCAUUUCCGGUCAGAUUUUUCCAAGCACAAUAAAUGCCGCCGCCUACGGGUUACUGGCAGCACUGUUCCUCACCUCGGGAACCAUCGUCGAGAGCUUCAACUUCGAAACGCGACUUCCGAUCGUCAAGUAUGGUGCCACCAAUACCUACUUUGGAUAUUCGGUGGCCUCGCAUACGGAAAAACUGACCACGGCAGGAGAUAAGAAAAGCUGGGUCCUAGUGGGGGCACCACUUGGCCAGAAUCUGCAGCCAGGCACCAACCGGUCAGGGGCGCUAUUUCGCUGUCCGAUCACCCAGGCCAGCAACGACUGCGAGCAGGUCAAAACAGAUGGCCGCCGAAAAUCUUCUGGUAUUUACGAAACCGAUGACGAAGACGAAGAUGAACUGGCCCCUCCGGGUUACGACGAGCUCAAGACCAACCAGUGGCUCGGCGUUACGGUCAAAUCGGGCGGCAAGGAGAAUAAGAUAUUCACCUGUGCUCAUCGAUAUAUGAAGAUCCAUGAACGAGGGCGGACCACCGAGAAUGGUCUCCACACGGGACAAGGUUUGUGCUACGUCCUGAACAACGACUUUUCGUUCGGGUUUGCCGUGGAAGUUUGCUUGGGACGAUCGAUCGAACGAGAGCACGAACAGUACGCCUUCUGUCAGGCGGGAACAUCUGGGAUGCUUCUGGACGAUGGAACGGCCAUCAUCGGAACGCCAGGCGUAAUGAUCUGGAAGGGGACGGUUUUUGCGGUUCAAGUGGACGGAGACUUUCUGGCUCGCGAUAAAACGCAUUACUACGGUCCACACGACAAUGCGGACUCACCUGUACCGAACUACAGCUACCUCGGCAUGGCUGUGACCGGUGGUCGCUAUUUUGGAGACUACAUGUCGUUUGCAGGUGGUGCUCCACGAUCGCGUGGCAAUGGUCAGGUGAUCAUAUUCUCAAACAGUGUUAAGCGUAAUCCUAUUUACAAGGAACGGGAACUGUUUGGAGAACAGUUUGGUUCCAGCUUUGGGUACGAGCUGGCCACGGCUGACAUCAACGGAGAUCAUGCUCCGGAUCUCCUUGUAGCGGCUCCCUUUUAUUUUUCCAAAAGCGAAGGCGGUGCCGUAUACGUGUAUCAAAACUUGAACAACAACUUUACAAACAGUUAUACGACGAAGCUUACAGGGAAGCUUGAAUCUAGGUUUGGGCUAGCCUUGGCCAAUCUUGGCGACAUCAAUAAAGAUGGAUGCGAGGACAUUGCCAUCGGUGCUCCCUAUGAAGGAGACGGAGUUGUUUACAUCUAUCUCGGAUCUAACAAGGGUCUUUCGACCAAGCCAUCCCAGGUGAUCACAUCUAGCUCUCUGGGCUUGAAUGUACCCAAACUGCACACCUUCGGUAGCUCGCUGACCGGUGGAAUUGAUCUCGAUAACAACACCUAUCCGGAUCUUGUGAUUGGCGCAUACGACUCGGCAGCAGUCACCAUACUCUUGGCGCGACCCAUCACCAACAUCAAGACCUCCGUCAUCCCGAACGAGAUCAGCAACAUCGAUCCAACACAGCAUGGUUGCGACGCCGAUCCGGGUGCGAAUGCCACGUGCUUUUCAUUCCGAGCGUGCUGUUCGAUCGAACCGUACGAAGAAUCCGGCAGCCACUCGAGCAGUCAAUCACAGCAUCUCAACCUGAUCUACACGAUUGAAGCGGAGACGUACAUGGGGCUGAAAAAGUUUUCUAGGGUCUACUUCGGGCCAGACACGCGUCAUCGAUCUAACAUCAUCAAACGCCAGAUAAGCGUUGUCACCAAUGGAAAUCAGGAGUGUCGAGAGGAGGUCGUCUACAUCAAGGACAACACCCGCGACAUCCAGAGCCCUAUCCGGUUCAGGUUGAAUUAUACCAUUCUGGAUACCACUCUACCGGCGUCGGCUUUGGACUCGUUGGACCCGAUCCUGGAUCAAACACAAGCCGAUCGCACUUUUGAGGCAACCUUCCAGAAAGACUGCGGCAAAGACGGCAUCUGCCAAUCGAAACUGGACCUCAAAGCGGAGCUUUCUUUGGAACGAGAAGACGACCAGUCAUACUCGUUGGUGCUCGGCCGUGAUCGAGGCAUUCAGCUUCAUGUUGGUGUUUCCAACCUGGCUGAUUCGGCGUAUGAAACUAAUUUGUACGUGAAGCACGAUCCCAGUAUUUCGUUCAGUGGUACAAAGAGCCUAUACAAAUGUGAUAAAUUCAACGCAACGCUAGUAUUCUGCAACCUCGGAAAUCCGAUGCGGAGAAAUUCCGAAGUUAAAUUUUCCCUCCGUUUCGACCCCCAGCGAGUUAAAGAAGAGGUUUUGAAAUUAGGAUUUGACGUAUUCGUCAAUACGACCUCCAACCUACUAGAAGGUGCCAAGCAAACGGCCGCUCUGACGGUGAACGUAAUCAAGCGAGCCAAGAUCAGUAUCAGUGGUGCCGCACAUCCUCAGCAAACGUUCUACGGUGGCGAAGUCAAAGGAGAAAGUGCAAUGAAAACAUUCGAAGACAUCGGCACUGCAGUUCAUCACAUUUAUAUGAUCUACAAUGAUGGGCCUUGGCGGGCGCCGCAGGUUCAGGUGAGAAUCCAAUGGCCACAUCAGGUGGCAAACGAUAAGGAUCAAGGCAAAUGGCUACUCUAUCUUACCGGAACUCCAACAGUAGAUGCAACGAACGGCGGAUCAUGUGUGGUUCAGCCAGGAACGGCUGAAAAUCCGCUAAAAUUGAAGAAAUCUGCUGCCCUCAGCGAACUACCACCCCAAACGGAUUACUACACGCAGCGAGCGUACAACAAAUCGUUGACAUUCGCAAUGGAGAAAUCUGAAAGGGUAUCGUUCGCUAAGCAGGCGUCUUACUCUUCGUCGUCCUCGGCGGAAAAGAGCCUCAACCGGGUACGGCGAGAUCGGUCGAUGAUAAUCCGUGCCGAACGGCUGACUGACAAAGACGGCAAACAGACCGAUAUCGUCCACAUGGACUGCAGCCGCAACACUGCCAAGUGUAUCACGAUCGUCUGCGAUAUCUACGAUGUGCAACCGAAGGCACAGGCACUGAUAAACGUAACAGCGCGGCUCUGGAACUCUACGCUAGUAUCGGACUACCCGAAGGUUGAUCUGGUUAAAAUUAUAUCGAGAGCGACGAUAACAGUUGUCCAGGUGCAACAGGACUACCCAAUCAACAAUGUUACGGUGGAAACGAUGGCCUACCCGGAAUUGCUGGACCAAGCCGGGGACGGCUCGAUCCCCAUCUGGAUCUGGAUCCUGGCCAUUGUUGGAGGUCUGCUGGUUCUUGCCCUGCUCAUCUACAUCUUGUGGAAGUGUGGCUUCUUCAAACGGCGACGACCGGAUCCAACGCUUAGCGGCAAUUUACAGAAGAACAGCGAGAGUAAACCCUUCAUUUCCUGAUCCGUUGUUGGUGGAUCUUCGUUCAGCUUAGAAACCCGGAAGGAGAUUCCUCACAACGGAGUGCGUGUAUGAUGUAAAUUAUUUAUGUAUAUGUUCGAAUACAUAUGAAUGUAUCAAACAAACAAUAUGCCGAUUAGGGCAAACGAGAAGUGCAGAUAACGUGCUUUUAAGAAACAGGAAAACAAAGUCGAAAGCACGAGCAAAAGUCUACUUAAAAAGUGAUAUAUGCAAAGUCAAAUAUAUCUAUCAUAUACACAUAUAUAACAUAUAAAUUCGCAACCAUCCAUUAGAAUAUUUCUAGCUAGUGAAACAGCACAAAUUUCGAUAAGUUCAAACGCGUUUGAGCCACAAUAAAAUAUUUAAAAAUCUUAGUUACUAACACAAUUCGCAGUAUCUCGUAGUUAUAAUAUCACAUAAACUCAAUUAUCAACUUUCCAAUUAAAGUAGAGAAGGAUUCUGAUGAAUUUGAAUAAUUCUUGUAGAAGUAUUUUUUUUAACUAUAUUGUAAGGCUCAAAAACAUACAGCGCAUACAUCCAAGCGCAAAAAUCGUAAGGUGAAUAAAAAAUUGUAUCCAUCAUAACGUACGUCACACAAUUUUUGGAACACAAUCGCGCAGCAUGUUAAGACUGAACAACAAUCACUACAUUAAACGAUUCACCUUUCAAAAUAAUAAUGUUCAUCAUCUAAAGUAAGCUUAAACAAACUUGAGUCAGGAAAUCCAACAGUUGCCCCAGCAAAGGUCCUUAAAUAAAAAAAAAUACAAUAAUUCACUGAGGGCGCUAUAGUUAAUGUGUUCAAUCGGAUAGAUUAAACGUACAAACUGUUGUUUGUCACUUACUUUGUACUGUAAUGCGCCGAUAUAUCAAAUCGAAAUCGAACUUAAGCCACACAAAACAGUGAAUACGAAAAAAGCGAAUAGUUUAAGACAGUUAGUUUUUUUUUCAAAUAGUAAAGGAAUAGAGGAGUCAACUUAAUUCUAUAGGAAUUAUGAGCGGAAACAAAAAAACUAAAAAGUGCCAUUACUCUUUAUAUACACAUGCGGUAGUUAGAAUCGUGGAACGAAGUCUAUUUGUUAAUGUUCCCCAAACUUAGGCUUAGCUACCAAGUUAGUUAUGUAUAAGCUGCGUACACAAUUUAAAGCUGAUAUCGGUAGAUGUGAGAACAAUUACUUAAAAAAAACAACAGAAACCAACAUAAAACGUCAGUAUAGUUUCAAAGUGAGUUAGUUUUUACUAGCAUAAUUAAUAUAAUGUUGCCAAUUGGGUUUGAAUCAGCCGACGCCUUACAUAAAUCGUCUCCCAGUAGUUUUUAAUGCAGAUGUAUUUAGAGCGAGCGUUACGUGUAUGUAACUGUAUUUAGAUUGAUUUUUAAAUUGUUGUAUAUUUAGGUUACAAUCUUUUCUAGGCAGAAUGUUUUUUUACUAUAUUCUAACUUUGUAAAUUUUUGAAAACCGCUGAUAAAUUAAAACAAGAUGUACUAGAAUUUA